UAUAUAAAUUUGAUUAUGUACUUUAUUAUUUUACUUUCUCUAAGUAUAAUACAUACUAACAAUCAGUGGCGGAUUUAGGGGGGGGGUGCUUGGGAGCUGAAGCACCCACCGCUCCGCGUAUUUUCAUUAAAAAUUAUUAAUAAAUCGCCGAGUGGCAAAUUUUUGGUACGGGCUACCAGAACGCGCGACGCUGCGUAGCAAAAACCGGUCGGCGACUACGCACAAUUUUGAGGUACACUGGUUUUCUAUAAGUUAGGUUAGGUUAGAACAGAUUAACUGAUAAGUCAGCUGCUCGGCUGUCAAAACAUUAGUUUUUGUAUAUUAUCUAUAUCAUCAUAGAACAUGCUAAACAUGAUAUUAUCACAGAAAAAAAAUAUUUUGCCAUGAUAGGUACUGUUAACAUCUUUGAAUUUGUAUUUUUAUGCUAUUAAAUAUUUUUUGUGAUAAAUAAAAAUAAUUCGUACAUCACUCAUUACCUAGCUGUUGAACAACGGUCAUUCUGCUUAGUACUUAUUAUAAUAAAUAUAAGGAGGUAACUGUUGACUAGUGAUUACUAAUUAACCAUUGUCCAUUCGUAAAUCUGAAAUCAUAAAUCAUGAAUGAAAGUGAUGAAUCUAAAAGGUCCAAGAGAAAUGGCAGUAUGAGUAUACUAUCUUAUUUUUGUAAAAAACCUAGAAACAAUGAAUGUGUUGAAUCGGAUAAUAAUAGUUGCUCUACAAUUUCAAAUAAAUUAGCAAUUGAAGUAAAUCAAGUAACUGAUCCAUGUAAAGUCAUAUUAGUCAAUAAUACUGUGACAGAUUUUUCUUCAGUUUCUCAGCAGGUCGUUUCUAGAGAUUUAUUUUCUAAAGCUGCAAUAUUAUGUGACAAUGACACACCAAAAAAAUAUUUUUUAAAAAGAACAAUUUCAACCCUGGUACGUGAGAACUUUAAUCAACGAAAAAAAAUUAAAGUUCUCAAUCAACAAGUUAGAAGACAAAGAAAAAAUAUUUCUUCUUUAAAAAAUGUGAUCAACGUUUUAGAAGAAAAAAACUUACUCAAUCAGGACCAAUUAAACCUCAUAGAUCAAAAUUUUAGACUUUUAUGAAACUACCUAGUUGCAAAUCUAUUCCUUAUUGGACUUCAAGUGUAGAUAGAGAACCAGGUUUUUUUAAAGAAGUACUGUUCUUAAAAAUUGAAAUCCUUAUGAUUAACAUUGUAGUCUUAUGUUUGACGCUAUGUCUAUAAAAAAACAAAUAUUAUGGGAUGAAAAAUUACAGAAAUUUGUGGGAAACUGUGAUUAUGGAAACAAAAUAGAUAUUGAAGGUAUUGAUACUCCAGCCUCUGAGUGUUAGUUUUUAUGCUGGUUAAUAUUAACGGAAGGUGGAAACUGCCAGUAGGUUAUUUUCUACAAAAUAAAAUUACAGCAAUUUUUCAAGCUGAACUUAUAAAAUCAGCAUUAACCCAUGCUUAUGAUUUUGGUUUAAAUGUCUGCAGUGUUACAUGUGAUGGUGCAUAUACUAAUUUUUCUUCUUUAAAGAUACUUGGUUGUGAAUUUGGCUCAAGUUAUGAUGACAUAAAGUGUUGGUUUGAACACCCAAUUAGUAAGACAAAAGUAUUUUUUAUUCCCGAUGCCUGUCAUAUGUUAAAACUUGCCCGUAAUACACUAGCGAAUAACUUAGUGUUAGAAUUUUAAAAAAGGAAAGAAAUUGAUUAUGAUAAAGAAGUUGUUAUAGAUGAAAUUGACGAUAUUGCUUUAAAAAAAGAACUCCUUAAUAGUUAUGAUAGCUCCCAUAAUAUAUAUUGUCAAUUACAAGAUGCUAAACAUAACAUUUUAUACUAUAUUGCUGGUUAUAUUGUGAAAUAUUGAUUUAGAUUGUUUCAACUGUACUAAUUCCUUGUAAAAAAAACCUAAUGAACAUGAUUAUUGUAAAGAAAAUUAUUAUUCUAAAUUUGGUAACUUAAAAAAUCGAGGUGGUCUUAUUUCAGCUUCUAAAUCAGUUUUUCUAAUAAUUUUAAAUGCAGAAAAACUAUUUUUGCAUCUUACUGACAACUUAAAAUCUCUUCAUGUUCCACAACUAGAUGUAAAAAUUAUUAAGCACGCUAAAAAAUAUAUUUCCAGAUUUAAAUUGUAACAAUGUAACUCUUCUUGAACGACCACACAAAUUAAUAUUAAUCACCCUAAUAACAAAAAAGCUCUUAAAAAUAAGAUUAAAAUCAUUUGGAAAAAUGUUUUCUUCUGUUAUAUUAAAUCCAGUAAGCCAAAGACACAAGUUGACACAACUUAUUUUAUUUUCAAAUCAAUGAGUUGAAUCUAAAUUUAAUUGUGAUUGUAAUUGUAACUGCACAACAGAGAAUAUAAUAUAUCGAUAUUGUCAAUAACUUACUUUGAUUAUAAUAUAAUUUAGUAUAAAUAAUCUGUGAUAAAUUAUGUGAUUUGUCCAUACAAAUAAAUGCAUUAUAUUAUAAACAAAGAUUAUUAUACUUGGUAGUUUGAACUUUUUUGAAAAUAACACCCAAACGUCCCGAACUCGGAAAACUCGGAAUUUGACAAAUUAUUUAAUGGACUAUCAUCAACUAACAAAAUUCUUAUCAUUAUUGAUGUUUUGUAAACAUUGCCCUGUUGGAAUAUGGCUACUUUUGCUUCACUAUUAAUACAAAGUCGGCUAUCUAGUUUUUUUAUAUAUCUGUGGUAAUAACUAUUACAGGUACCUCAUUGAAACUUGGUGGAGAAGUUUGAACAAAAUUAGCACAUUUGACGCGUUUCUGAGAGACAUGACACAAGUUUUAUAAUUACCUAUAUUAUUAUAUUUAUCUUAUUUUUCUGAUUAUGACGAUGACGAACGGUCUUAUAUAAAUAAUUUAUAGCAUUUUUUAUAGUAUUUUAUACAACACAUUAUAAUUUAUAAUUGUUUGCAAUAUUUGAAAUGGUAUCACACUUGACUAAUUCAUUAAUUAUUUAUAUAAUUUUAUGUGUGUUAUUGUUUUUCAUUAUUAUUAUUUUUCAAUUUAUAAAUUGUUAUCAUAAUCCGUGCCGGCCCAGAUAAUAUUAUUAUUUUCAAAAUUAUCUAAACUGUGAUGUUUGUCGUAACACCUGUGUAUGAAGUAUGGUAUAAUAAAAAUAAAAAUAACUUAAA